AUGGCAAAACUGAUUAAACAAACAACAAAAAAGAUGACACAACUCUGCCGGAAAAUCGUUCAGGUCGACGUUCGUUGCGGCGUUCUUCAAAGGGUAUCUUUUGUUGGUCACUUUUUUCGAUUCAUAUGGAACAAACUCAUGGUUUGUUCUCUUGGAAGUUCAUCACCUCAAUACACAAGAUUACCUCUCCGUGGUUCUUCUUCCUCGCCGCCGUCUCCGGCCACCGUCGACGACGCUUUCUCUCACGAACAACAGCAUAUCUCAAAUGGGUAUGAGUCGGAUUCUGACUUGGUUAACCUCAAGAUUAGUUUGUUGGGGGAUUGUCAUAUUGGAAAAACCACUUUUUUGAUCAAGUAUGUAGGAAAUGAAGUAGAAAAGAGAAGUUUACAAAUGGAAGGAUUGAAUUUGAUGGAUAAAACUUUAUAUGUUCAAGGAGCUAGAAUUUCAUUUUGUAUAUGGGAUGUUGCAGGUGAUAAAAAGUCCUUGGAUCAAAUUCCAAUGGCUUGUAAAGAUGCAGUUGCUGUUUUGAUUAUGUUUGAUCUCACUAGUCGUUGUACACUAAACAGUGUUGUUGGAUGGUACAGUGAAGCAAGAAAAUGGAAUCAGAGUGCAAUACCUAUUUUAAUAGGAACUAAGUUUGAUGAUUUUGUUAGACUUCCCCCAGAUUUACAAUGGACAAUUGUGACACAGGCAAGGGCAUAUGCAAGGGCAAUGAAGGCAACCCUAUUUUUCUCAAGUGCAACACACAAUAUAAACGUCAACAAAAUCUUCAAGUUUAUCAUGGCAAAGCUCUUUAACUUGCCUUGGACGAUAGAAAGAAAUUUGAAAGUUGGAGAACCCAUUAUUGACUUCUAA